AAGGAAACUCAUCGGUCAGUCAUAGUCAAAGGCUGUACGUAGACCGAACAGCAAGGAACUUUAACGUGAAAACAUUCCCUGCUGUUUUUGUCACCCAUGUAUGUUGACAAAUCCCGCGGGACCAGAUCAGUGUAUUUACACCGGCGCCAAGAGAAGAGCGUCAUCAAAGCCACACUGCGCCCGGACGACAAGGAUUCGUUGACAAGAUUGACCGUGUACUGCAGGUAACAAACGUGCGUCUCGUUCGACGGCAAUUGUCCCUCUGCAUUGCUGCCGCCUGAACAGCUUUGAAGGGAGUACAUUUGUAUGGGACUCAACAGCUCACCAGGAACUUGCCCCACCAUGUCGUUGUAUACGGCAAGCGCUGACAAAUUUUUCAAGUGUGCCGCCCCCGAUAUUGAAGAAGCAUUUCAUUUAUACGACACUGUUGGUGAUGGAAAAAUUUCGGUAUCGCAAAUCGGUGACGUUCUUCGUGCCGUGGGACAAAAUCCGACGGAGGUUGCCCUGAGGAAAUGCGCUGCCGACCAUAAGGCCGAUGACCGGAUCUCCUUUGAUGAGUUUAUGCCGAUUUUGAACGCCAUCAGUAAACACAAGAUCGACGCGAGCGAAGGCGAUUUCGUUGAGGUGUUGCGAAACUUUGAUAAAGAAGGUAAUGGCUUUAUUUUGGCCGUGGAAAUGCGCCGCAUCUUAACUUCAAUUGGGGACCGCCUCACAGAAGAGGAAGCGGAGCAGAUCCUCGAAGGCCUUGAGGAUUCCCAGGGAAACAUCAACUAUGAGGAAUUCGUUCGGCUUGUGAUGGCCGGCUAAGGACAGUCUGCUCUGGCAUCGCAAGUCGCUGGUUUCCCGUACGAGCACCGCCAUGACCAGCAGUAGACGUCGCCAUGAAGGAAACUCUCAGGAACAACCGCUACCUAGAGCAAUUGUAUCACGAUGCCACACCGCCUCAGCUGCAGCGACAGCAGCAGUAACAAUAACGACCUCAAUAGUAGUACAAAUAUAGAAUAACGUUGUCUUUACGUUGUUGUCGAAGCAACCAGCAAAGAAAUUGCAUCCAUCCGAUUCCCGAAAGAACUAAUGUUGGAAUUACAUUAGGGCAGGUACUCUGUGUUUUCUACGCAAAGAUGUUUGCUGUCCUGCCCCAAACAAAAAUGUGUGCAAAAACCGUAAAGGGUAGAGCGGUGGUUAUGCGUCUUAGGUAAUGAUUUAUAACGAGCAUCCUGCAUUUUAUAUUUAUUUUCUGAAGACGAAGUAGAUAUGAAUGGCACACAGCGCCAUCCAUAUCUACUUCGUUCGUAUCACGAAUGGAUAUACAUAUGUGGUAUACAUGCGUUAGUAUGUUGAACAUUUCUGCCGUUUACCUGAGGGAGGAAACGAUACUUCUCAAUUUCUCUGCUGUUUUCGCUAAUCAGUGUUGACACACACGCCCGGAGAUAUGCUGGUCGCCUACGACCAUGUCAUGUUGUCAAAAACACAGAUGAGUGAAAAUAGAGAAAAUCCACAUGAGUCAAAAGUUUUUAAAGCUCCAUUGCUAUGACCCACGAAACCUGCUGUUAUAUAUAUAUAUAUAUGCAUCCAUAUGUGCGUUUAUAUGUUUGCAUUUAUUUGUAAUAGUAUCGUCGAAGUUCUGUGAAGAAUUUACGCUAACUGAACGCUAAUCGUCAACGCCAUAGUAACAAUGAAUGGGUUAUUCGCUGCUAAGGAAAUUAUUACAGUAAGUACAAACAUAUUAUGAAGGGUUUCUUCUGGAUGCAGGCCCUCAAAGUUACGAACUAGUGACAGCGUCGCCCGUUACUUUAGCAGCUUGAAUUUAAUCCGCGGGUAGGCAAAAAUCUUUGAGGGUAGGCAAUUUAUAGCCUAGGUAACUGAAUUAUUCCAAUAAAGACAGCACCAAAGCGGUGCCUUAUGCAGUUAGAAUGCUAAGUACUUUAGUUAAACAAAACAACAAACAAAGAAGGAACAAAGCAGGACGGUGGUGAGUAAGACAAGCUCUUGUACAAAAAAAAGCAACCGACGUUAUUGCCAGUAGAAACGUUUUUUUUUUUUCUUGUUAACUGUAUCAUUUUUACCAUCGGUUUAUCAAGAAUUAAACAGAAUUACCUUGUAGCAAAAACCAAUCAGAAAUACCAGAAGUUAUGUCGGAGUGCUGUUUGAAGAUAGUAGCUUUCAAAUAGUCAUUAGGGUUUCUAGUUCGAGCCUUUUCAUUCAUAUAUAUUUAGCAACAUUACUUACUCUUUUCCUUAUUUAAGGCACACAUAUAUAUACAGCAUGGCGCGCCUGAAUUGAGAAUUUUUUCAUGCCUUAUUCCUAAGGUAUUAUCUAAACAGACUCAUAUAUUCGAACGAAAUUAUCUGUAUGUGCUUAAAGUAUCAUUAUCACGGUCACGCUUAUUGAAUGUAAUCACCAUGUAUUAUUAUAGCAGCUUCGAUUGAGGAAGUAAACCACUCGCUAGUCAUGUUUAUUAUAUUUCUCAGUUAAUCUACAGAUACUUUUUUGACAGAAACCGUAUGUCAGGCGACACUAAUAGGUGUUAACCCAUUGAAGUGCAGCACGGUACGCAUACAAACAUUUCAAACAAACUAAAUUUUGAGCUAACUGUAAGCUUAAAGUUUGAAAAAUGCAAAAGCUCAAAACGUUAGAAAAUUCGUAAGGUGUAAAAGUCUCAAAAAAACCAACCAUCGGAGCGUACCUGGGCGACUAAAUUGGCAACUGAUAUUCUUCUCUCUAAAGCACCUGUUGAUUUUUAUAGCAAAAAUUUAGGUGCAUUAGAAAGGCUUUUUGGGCCAUUUUUAUAAAUUUUUAAGCCCUUGAAGUCAUGUUUUUGCCGGUUUGCCUCAUAAAGGUUUGCCUAAGAUUUUUCA